AUGGGUAAAUCAACAUCCUCUCUUCUUUUUAUAUGCAAUUGUUUGAUUAUUAGAGUAGGAAGCCUUCCAUUUCGUGUUUUUACCUCUUAUCACUAUUGUUCUACUAUUAGAGAAAAUGCGAAAACCCCAUAUCAGAAUCGGAAUCAGUUGUUGAAAUCUAUGAGAGAUCACUGCAAAUCUCGAACCUUUAAGAAUCUUGAUCAUGCCUUAGGCCUGUUUGAUAUAAUGCUUCACAUGCACCCUUUGCCUUUCAUUGGAGAUUUUACUCUGUUGUUGGGUGCCGUUGCAAGAAUGAAGCAUUACUCCAUAGUCGUUACUCUAAUUCAACGAAUGGAAUCAUUCGGAAUCUCUCCCCAUGUUUAUACUCUCACUGUUUUGAUUAAUUGUUUCUGCCACUUGAACCGGGUCAAUUUGGGUUUCUCUGUCUUGGCAACAAUUUUGAAACUUGGCUAUCAACCAAACUGUAUAAUUCUAACCACUCUUGUCAAAGGCCUCUGUCUUCAAGGAAACGUCGUUGGAGCUGUAAAUUUGGUAGAAGAAAUGGAGAAGAAAGGGUACCAACCUGAUGCAAUUACUUGUGGAACAUUACUAAACUUUUUGUGUAAAAUUGGCCAGACUGGUGUGGCUAUUAGGUUGCUUAGGAAGCUUGAAAAAGGGAAUUUUGAACUAAAUGUGGUGCUCUAUAACACGGUCAUUGACAGUUUAUGUAAAGACAGAUUGGUAAAUGACGCUUUGAACCUUUUAUCUGAAAUGAUGAGUAAAGGCAUUCAACCAGAUCUGGUCACUUACAAUUCCUUAGUUCAAGGUCUAUGCAAUUUUGGCCGGGGGAGGGAGGCUGCUACCUUGUUGAAUGAGAUGGAACAAAGGAAGGUCAUGCCAGAUGUACAAACAUUUAGCAUAUUGGUGGACACACUUUUGCAAGGAAGGGAGGUUGACUGA